AUGUCUGGUAAGCUCAACGACCAGGAAUGUGCAGCGCUUCAAGAGUACGGGCUCUUGCAGCUAGUAGAGAACCCCAACAAGCGUAAGAUCAGUUCCAGUUACCUCUCACCGCCUACCUCGUCGUCAGGCAGCACUGUCAGUUCCUCCACUUCUUCGGUUGGCCGCGUCGUCUCCGCCAGCUGGGCAUCUCCGCCAGCUCACUCGACUCAUCUGGUAUACCCUGCUUCCCCAGUCAGCGUCGACGCCCUCGAGUUUAUCGGCUUGAACAAAGAUGCAGCAGAGCGUGUCUUCGCCAGUUUCCAGUCAAUGCAAAUCGACAAAGACGAGGAAGAAGCUGCUUUUCCAACGUUCAUCGAGGGACAUCUCAGGCAGCUGUAUACCAACGCUCUUGAGGACUUGUCAACUGUCGAUGCGUUCACGAGAGUCGGACUCACAGCAGACACUAUCGCCGCCAUUCUCGACCCGAAAUUUCAAGAAGUGUUUGAGACGCGUUCACCAUUUUAUUGGGCCUGGGAUACGCUGCGAAUGAGGUACAACCAUGUUCUGCUUGUCGAGGAGCGCGUCCAAAAAUCUGCGGCAAAGGCAGUCUUGGCAAAGAAAGGGAAGAAGCGAGCGAAGGUGGAAGAUUUGUUCGGCGGCGAGAAGGCUCAGGCUUCCCAAUCUUCCGGCUCUCAAACCCAUGCAACAACCGGCACGACCCGCAGUGGCGUAAAUAGCAGCAGUCCCCAUCUGCCAACGACUUGCGCCUACGUCGAAUCAGCCCCAACGCCACCUGAGAAUCAUCUUGUCCUCUACACAGGCAAAUGUCCCGCCGAGUUCGGAUUGGCAGAAUACGAGCAUUUUGUAGCGGAAGAUGGCAGCAUCAACAUGGACGCCAUUGCGUCUCGCCCUGGCGGGGAUUUCAACGGUAAAUCCUUCGCCUGGUACUUUACGACGGAAUACGAAACGGCAGACAUUUAUCGUGGGUACGCGGCACUACGAUGCCCAAACGAGGAGACAUGGAUCAUUCGCAUCAUGAUCCCGAUGCAAUCGGCCGCCACGCUGCGCACUAAAGAGCUAUGGUGGUCAUACGAUUUCCGCGAAUUCGUAUGGCACUGCCGGAAGGUCAAAGAUAUUCCCGACAGGCUCCAGCAGUACGAUUCCGUCGAUGUGCUCAAGGGCCAUAUGUUGAAGUACCCAACGUUGAAGAGGGUUGCGCAAAACGACAUCCACAACAAAAUCGUUGAAGAUAAGUUGUGCAAAUUGAGCUCCGGUCGAAAGGCGACCCAGUGGGUUGCCAAGAACACAGAUACCGCAAACAAGCUUCGGCUGUGGGGUCACGGCAAUCUACACAUUGAGGUUUUUGCAGCUGAUAUUCAGCAGUGAGAUGCAACAUAUGGCACUGAUUGAGCCGUAUAUGGGGUUGUGCUCAGUGGGACUGGUAUGGUUUACUAAGGAAGGAACAAGAGAAAGCGGGUUUUUCACAGGGGAUAAUGGAUUUGCUUGAAGUGGCCCUUCACAGGAACAACGGAUUGGAAUUAGGUGAUUCAAACAUGGUAAUAGAU